GAAGUUUUGAUUGAGCACCGUGGGACGGUCGCCAGCAUGAACACCUCCAUGUUGACCUCCUCCUUCGUCAGCAGGGCGGCAGCUCGCCCUGCGCAGGCCCGUCCCCUCCCGAGCAACGGCUCGCGGGUCUGCAUGAAAGCGGGCAACUGGUUGCCCGGCAGCAAGACUCCUGCGUACCUCGAGGACCUUCCAGGGUCGUAUGGAUUCGACCCUCUGAAGCUCGGAGAGGACCCCGCCUCCCUGAAGUGGUAUGUGCAGUCUGAGCUGGUGCACUCCCGCUUUGCUAUGGCCGCAGUGGCCGGCAUCUUGAUCCCCGAGGUCCUGAAGGCAUUUGGCGCUGUCAACCUGCCGGUGUGGUAUGAGGCUGGCAAGUACGCGCAGGAGAGCUCGCCCAUUCCAUUCAACACACUGAUCGCCCUGGAGAUCUUCGCGUUCAACUUCGUGGAGAUCAAGAGAUGGCAGGACUUCAAGAAGCCCGGCAGCCAGGGAGAGGAGGGCAGCUUUGUGGGCCUCGAGGGCUUCUUCAAGGGCACCGGCGAGAACGGAUACCCAGGCGGCGUCUUCGACCCCCUCGGCCUCUCCAAGGGCCCCGGCUACGAGGCAAUGAAGCUCAGGGAAAUCAAGAACGGCCGCCUCGCCAUGCUCGCCUUCAUCGGCUUCGCAUCACAGUACCUGGCCACUGGCAAGGGACCCAUUGAGAACCUGUUGGACCACUUGUCAAACCCCCUGGCAAACAACUUCACCACCAAUGGCACCUCCCUCCCAGCACAGGCUCACCCUCUGCUGUCUGUGCUCAAGCCCUGAGACCUGGUGGCGUUGUGCCCAAGAGAAGGCUUGGCAUUGGAGUGCAUUUACCACCAGCCUACUGUGUAUCCUGUCUGUCCCUCGAGAAGACUAUUGUAAAGCAAUUGAGCGAAUUGAGGCUAUUGCCUGUUUGAAGGGUUGUUUAGAAAGAGAUAUCAUCUGCCUGCCGUUUGGACAAAUGCUUCAAUGGAUGUGGAAAACAGAGAGGCAUAAGUAAAUAUUGUAAAGAGAAGACAAUUCC